UUAAAUGAGCCCAAAAAAUAAAGCAAACUACAACAGUUUGGCUUCUCCAUUAGCCCAUUUAUUAAAAAUUAACUAAAAAAACAAAGGAGAAUGCCAAAGGAAGAAGAUGAAGUAUUAGCUAUGGAGAUCAAUUGCUUGAAAAAAGAAUUGGAAAUUUCUCUACAAAAAUCAAUUUUUCUCGAAAAAGAAAAUCAAGAACUCAGACAGGAACUGAAUCGAUUGCGAUCCCAAAUUCAGUCAUUCAAAGCUCAAAACAAUGAGAGAAAAUCCAUUCUCUGGAAGAAAUUUCAUAGCUCCAUCGACAUUUCCGUAGCCGGAGCUGACUCGCCGCCGCUAAGCCCUGCCACGGUGGCGGGUGAUAAACGGGAGUCGACCAAAUCGCCGAAACAGAGUAGUUGGGAUGAUGUGAAAGAGAGUCAUAGAAUGACGGGGGUACCGGCAUCGCCACCGCCACCGCCACCGCCGCCACUUCCGACGAAACUGCUCGGAGGAUCAAAGGCAGUGCGGCGUGUUCCGGAAGUGUUGGAGUUGUAUCGUACACUGACGAAAAGAGAUGCACAGAAGGAAAAUAAAGUGGCACACGGCGGAGCUCCGGCUGUGGCGUUCACUAAAAACAUGAUCGGCGAAAUUGAAAACCGAUCUGCCUAUCUCUCGGCGAUAAAAUCCGAGGUAGAAACACAUGGAGAUUUUGUGAAUUGGUUGAUCAAAGAAGUAGAAACGAUAGCACCAAGAGACAUAUCAGAGGUGGAAAGGUUCGUGAAGUGGCUUGAUGGGAAGUUGGCAUCAUUGGUGGACGAGAGAGCAGUGCUAAAGUACUUCCCACGGUGGCCAGAGGCAAAAGCAGAUGCACUACGGGAGGCAGCAUUCAGCUACCGAGACCUGAAGGGCUUAGAGAGCAAAGUGUGUAUGUUUAGAGACAAUCCAAAGGAAGAGAUGAAUGUUGUGUUGAAGAGAGCUCAAGCAUUGCAAGACAGGGUGGAGCAGAGUGUGAGUAAUAUGGAGAGGACGAGGGAGUUCAAUUGUAGGAAGUAUCAAGCUUUUCAAAUUCCCUGCCAAUGGAUGUUCGAUUCCGCUUUGCCUACUCAGAUAAAGAUGAGCACAUUGAGGCUGGCGAAGGAAUACAUGAUAAGGAUAACAAGAGAACUACAAUCAACCGAGACCCCACAAAGAGAAAACCUUUUCCUCCAAGGGGCUCGAUUUGCGUACAGGGUUCAUCAGUAUGCAGGUGGUUUCGAUUCAGAGACUAUAGAGGCUUUUGAAGGACUGAAGAAAGCUGGGCUGAGUAGUCAAAGAAAAUAGGCUCGAACGUAAAUUAUAGGGAAUGAAUAUUGUCGUCUGUUGCCAACUCAAAUGCAGAGUACAUUCAACUAGAUGAUGUAACACAACUGCUUGAACGGAAUUUUAUAUAUAUAAUCAAAUCCUAUUGCAUCUUGUACAA